AUGCCUAUUCAUUUUUUUUCAUUUACCUGUCGGUGUGUCUCACUGUAUGAUCUCCAUCUAUCAUUCUCUUCCUUCCUGUCUCUCACUCUGUGUGUGUACAGUCUGUCUAUGCAGUCUGUUGUCUUUAUUGUCUGGGUUUGCCUUAGUGUGUUGGUCUGAUGGAGAAUGGAUGCAUGCAGGGAUGAACAACAGUGCGUUUCGUACUGUACACACACACACACACACACACACACACACACAGAAAAUAGGGCGCUUUUGCACUGCAUGUCCUACCCUAUUGGCCUUGAUGCUGACAAAGACAAAACAUGAAGUAGUAUCAUACCCAGAACCGGAAAACAUGAUCUGAACAUGCUUUAACAUCACAACACGAUCAUAGCAAGGCAGUGGGAUGUUCAUCUCAACAUCUCAAACACAUCACAGGCGAAAGGCGCAUCAUGCUUUCUGUCUUAACAACAAAGCAUACAGUUCUGAUUCUCUAUUUAUCUAAUGAUAUCAGAUUGUCCGUCAUAAUGUAUUGUUUUCUAAACCAGUGCAGCUAAAUAUAAAUGUGCAUUUUAUCACAUCGAGCCCAAUGUAGGACAUCUCAACCAGGACAAAACAUUUGAUGCAUAUUUGGAACACAGCCAUGUUAGACAACAAUUUACAUCAUUGCACAAUAUUAGCACAAAACACAUCAGAGGAAAGACAUCAAUAAAGCAUCAUUUGUCAAACAUUAAAUAUUCUAUAACUCGAAUGCAAAAAAAUUCACGGCAAUUCAAGCCAAGCAACAGAUUAACAGCAAGUUCUGUUUAGUAAAAUAUGAGAUCAUAUCAGGUAAAAAUCAACAUCAACACAACAUUGAAAUCAAUAUUUGCACUUGUCACUUAUGUCUUAUGUCUGCUCAACACAGAAACACAUGCUGGACUCGAUGAUAAAUUAUGUUAAUUUGUUAUGCCAUAUUCAAAUAUAAGACAAAAAUGUGGCCAGAUACAAAUGAUCUUUGAUGACCUUUUGAAAUAACAUGCAAAUGUCAGCACUCACCUAAUAUCAAUCUUCAGUUUUUCAUUGUUUGUGCAGCUCUUGUUUUUUCUCUGGUGUUUCUUGCACUUUGUACGCGGUGUAUACUGUAUAUUUAACUAUGAAGGCCUGCAUCUUGGUAAUGCCGGUAUAUGAUAGUUAUACUUGAUCACAGUGUGAAGAGAGGCCACCCCACUGCGCACAAUACUGUAGCCCAGUAUCUGUUCUAUUUAAGUAGCCGUGACGUCGUCGAUACCAAGUGAAGCCAUCCAUGCUUAGUGACUCAGAACUCAGUGCCAAGACACUGAACGCAACAGCGCAGCAGCAGGCAGAAGACUAUUGUCCAUACCCUUAGAGUGACAGAUAGAUAAAGGGAUAGAAAGAGAGACAGAUGGAUGGAUAUAUGGAUGGAUAAAUAGACUCAAAUCUUGCUAGUGCUGUGCCAAGAAUAUGGAGGGCACCUGCAGUACAGCAGCAGGCACGCAGAUAGCACAUUGCCGUUUACAAGAAUAGGCAUGUAUAGAACAGUAGAUAUAGACAGAUAAGUGCUCUGAAGGUAGAAGGAUACUCUAUAUGAAAAUCUUUAUCCAUGCUAGGACCCUUGAGCAAGUUUGCUCAGUGAUGUAGCUUGUGUAAUGGGUUGGGGAGACAGACGCUGCCGUGUUGUCACAUCCUUGCAGGUGGUGUAAGGCUUGGUUUAUAUUUGACUCAUGAUGCAUGUGGAUGCAGUGGCAGCAUUAUGCACUUAACCAUCUACGUACCUUAUGUACAACUCAAGGAUUAAAACAUCUACUAGAUCAAAACAUUCCUGUCCAGCAGGUUUCCAUAUUGACCAGUCUGCCAUCAUCUAUGACAUUAAAUUUAGAGGUAUUUACUAGAUUAGUAUGUAAAACAGAAUUUUUGGCAGGUUUGAAGGCCGCUUGAGAGGCUUUUAAAACUAAAUUACUAACUGUAGUCGAGAAAUUGGUUAGUGUUAAUACUAAAUACUGUUUAGAAUAUAUACUGCCCCCACUAUUUACAUUGGUACUGCACUAUGUGCUCAUGUUGCAUUAAUUUUUUUGGAUGUACACAAUCGACACACCAAUUUAACACAGGAUAAGUGCUGUACCUAUCUUGCAUACACGUGCAUAAUACUUCAGUGUGGAAUCCUGAACUGCCGAGUCAUAGCUAGAAGAUAAUGCAACUUAAAAUUUUUAGCAUGCUUGCACAGGUGGACGAUAUGGAAAACAUCAUAUCACGAUACUUAACCUUUGCUGUACAAUAUAUAUCAUAAUUAAGUUUUCCUAACGAAAUGACAGAUAAGACAAUAAGACCACAAAAACAUAUGAAAAACUAUGAUUUACAUGAUACUUUUAAUUAAUGCCUAUGAAAAUAAAUGAUUUAUGACUGAAAACUAGACUCAUUCAUUCAUUCAUUUUCCUACCAUUUACUUGGUGGGGGUCACAGCGAUUUCUUUAUCCCUUGCCACAGAUUCCAGUUCAUCUUGGUGGACAUUCCCAUGCCAACUGUGAGAUCUCUCCAGCAGGUCCUGGGUCUGCCCUGGGGUCUCUGUCCAGUGGGAUGUGCUUGAUACAGCUCUAGCAGGAGCCGACCAGGGGGCAUCCUUGUAAGGUGCCUGAACCACCUCAACUGGCUCCUCUCAGUUCUGAGAGGAUCCAGAUGGUGAAAGGGCUUGUGUAUUUUGGUGAACCUUAGGGUUAUGUCACCAGGAGCUUAAUGCUCCCAGUAGGGCCACCCUUGGUGGUUGGAUCUAAGGGUAGAAGUCAGAUAAAGAGUGAACCUAAAGACCCCCUAUAAAAGGUACAAGAAGACCCUGUCCAGAUUAGGGUUACAGGGAUCCAACCCUGGAGUCAGGCCUGGGGGUUGUGUGCACCUAGUGACCCGGACACCCAAGUAACCCGCUCGGGCGCAGCCCAAAAUAGCACCGUGGAGCCAUGUUGUGGGAUUACCACCUGCAAGGUGAAGGGUGGGAGUAAGGUGCAAUGUCUGCUGGGUGGCAGGCGUGUGAUGUACAUGUUAGAUGGACUAGAUCUGGCUUUGGGAGCACUAAAAAGGAAAGAAAAGUAAAACAUUUGGUAGAAAAAUAUAAAAAUGCACCGAAUCAGUUACUUAACACUAUGAGUUAGAAAAAUGUAUCUUACUAAAUUUAUCACAGUUACAAAAAUUAUAUCAUCAUAUCGUCCAGCCAUAUGACACAGACUCUCAGGUCAUAGCAAGAUUUUGCAUGUGAUAAAGUUGUAAAUGAAUGAAAAUGUGGGUCAUGUAAUGUCUGCAGAAAGCAUAGGCCACAUCAUGAAUGUUUCAGUUUAGGGAGUGUGCAAACAAAUGCUCUCAUGCGUACAGGAGCAAGACGACAUGGAGUAAAACUCCAUUAAAAGACUUACUUUAUAUUAACAAAAUACUUAGCUGUAAAUUUUUGCAUUGUAAAAAGCUCAUCGUAGCAGUGGUAUUGUUAUGAUGUCAUUUCUCAAACAUUUUCACUGGUUGUUGAUUCAGAUGGCAAGUUACAGCUUUAAAGGGUCUCUGUGUUUGAAUUAUGUAUUUUUAUAUUUUGGGAAAUAGAAUAAGUUAGUUCCUAAAAAAAGUAUUGCAGGCAGGUACAAACAGGAAUAACUGUAGGAUCAUGUGACUGGUCUGAUAGUUAUAAGCUGAAGAGGUUUUGUUGUUCAUUGCCACUAUGUCCAGGUGAGUGGUGAAACAUUGUAUGAAACCCUUAUAAUGAACUGUAAAAUAUAUUCCAGAUUAUACAGUAAUCCCAGCUGUCUGGAUUUACUAGUCUUGGACACACAGGAGCUAAUACAGCUACCACAGUGUUUCAUAUUCAGGGUUAACACCCUAUGGAUUUGGAGAAUAGAAUCUGUGAAAACUUGAGCUCUGAGCCUGUCCCACCAACUGCCAGCAGGUGUGAAUGCAACAUGACAUGUUAAGCAUCUUACUCUAUGCACUUCUAUUGUGCCCAUGGGAAGGGCAUUUAACCCCCAUGUGCUCUGUGGGUACAACACGGACUACAACUGACCCUGCUUUUGGUGACAGAGUAACAUUCACACUGGUGGGAAGGCAUCUAAACUGAUAUAAAUCCAGAGGGGAAAAAUAUCUGUAAGCUCAGUAAGCACUGAGAGAAUAUGAAUCAGUUAGAGCAGAUUGUGUUCAUGUCAUUAAUGCUUUUAAUAGCCACUGUCAUAGGGCUUUAGGAUCCCAAUGUUAGGCUAUCUGAAAAUUAUGUUUAUGGGAUCUCUGGACAGAUUGCAGGCUGAAUGGCUUUGCAUUAAAGAAUAAUUGUAAUGCCUACCAUGCCUGGAUUGUCGGGGCAAUUUUUAUGGCUCCUACUACAUACGGACAAUAUCAAGUGUCCUUGAAUGUUCCAGUUUAUGCACAUUACCUGAUUAGCUUGGACAGAGGGGUUGAGAAAAUGAAACAUGAAUGUUAACUGGCUGUCCUGGAGGAUUGGGAUUUAAAGCUCUGAGCUAAAGACAGUUCUAGAGCAUGACUAUUAUAGAAUGUGAAGACUUUCACAGAUCCAUCCAGAAUCCACUGCUAUCCAUUCAAGGUUCUGUUGAGGGUACUUACACACUGGUAAGACAGCACAGGUUUGCUGUAAGAUACGUCUGUUGGGGCACAAUUAGCUGCGUUCCAAAGGUGAAAUGGAGUGUGUGUCUCAAGGAUGGAUGAUAAAUGUGGGAAAUGUGAGAGGAGUGCGGUGUUUGUGGCCUGCGUUUGCACUCAUGCUCGCAUGUAUCACAAGGCCACUUUAAGGGGGAUUUUUUAUGUGUGUUAGGCCUGAUUAGGACAUGCAUUUUAGGUUAGGUGAUGAUUCGUUACAAUACUUUGAUUUUUAUAGUUCUCAAAUAGGAAUAGAGAAUGAGAGCUGGAAAAAUAAAAUAUAUUUAAUUCAGAAACAAGGCACAAAGGAGUGACAAAAAGACAAUAGAAAAAGAGGGUACUCUUCUAGAAGAAGAGUAUAUAUUUCUAUAUAUAAAAGGGCAGAAAGAUCUACAAUGUGGUUUUAUGCAUUUAUAGAUGGAUAGAAAGACCAUGAAGGAAAGAGGAAAGAAAAGAAAGCAGGAUAGCUGUUUAGAGCUAAAGAGCCCUUACACACAAAUAGAAAUUCAUUAUAUUAGGGUACCUUUGUUGUCCCUGUUGUCUCUAGGACAUAAGCACUGAGAUACUCAAAAAGACAAGGGUCAGUCACCGUUCAUGACAGUUCAAUGGUCCAUGGCUCUAUUUCACUUACAGUCUGUAGCUCUCUCAACCAAACACUGAUCCCACACGCUUUUUUACGCUCUAUAAAGCUAACCAGCCUUCCAUUAGUCCUCAGAGACCCCUCUCUCCCCACUCAUUUGCUUCUUUUUUCUCUGGUUCUUCUGAUACUUUUGUUCUCUCGACACACUGCUUUCUACAUAAUCUCUAUAUAGUUUUCUGUUGCUCUUCUUUUUUCCCCUUCUAUCCAUCUCUGCCUCAGCAGAAGACACAUCCUGCAUUGUGUAUCUCUGUAUCACUGGGUAAAUAUACAGAGUUGUAAUACUUUUACCUUCCCCGAUGAGUGCAGUUAACAAACAUGAACAUGCCAAGUGUGAUGCUGAUAACAGGUACACCUGGCCAUUCCUUGAGGAUAAUGCCUAAUUAAAAGUUUGUUUCUAAAUCUUUUUUGUACAUUGAAGGCUUACGCUAAAUAUUCUGGGUACCAGUGUGUGCCAAAAGGAUCGCAAUCAUAUCUCAUAAUCCUGUACUGCAGCACUGGGAGGUUUGCUUAUUUAGGUCAGAACAGUAGUUCAGCUGCAGCAUCAGUGCAGAUAUGCUGCCUGGAUGAUGGCUGGAACAUUACACUUGGCCAUCUGAGGAACCUUCAUCAGCCAUAUGAUAACCCUUCGAGCUAGCUGACACCAGCUGAGGAGGCUUUACCUGUCGGGUAUGCAGGGUGUGUGUGAGGUGUGUGCGUCAUUGACUGAGCUCAGGUGCACUGAAUUUGAGCAGAGCAGGGGUGGGGAACAGAUGGGUGGAGAUCUCCUAACCUCUGUCAACAGCCGAACUCAGCAGUAGCAGUAUCUGUUACUAAACCUAUUCAUACAGAAAAUGCCACCAUUGAUUUUUGGUGUAGAUUCGGCAGUGUCUGUCGGUAACAUUUGUUAAGUUAAGUACACUUAACAAGUACCGUGUUUCGCUACAACAUUCUACAUUUUCUGUUGUUCCAUAUCUGCAGUCAGAUGAGCUCUGCACUUGAAAAGGGGAACCUUAGAAGAGAUCGGAGCCUGCAGGAAACAGCGGGUCACUUGGGCUUAGAGGAAUGUUGGAGUGGAAUGGGAAAGAUACUCCAAGAUAGGCAGGCUAUAAUGAGCAACCCGGAGAGAGCCUUCUGGAGAUCUCAUUCCAAAUUAAGUAUUUGUAGGAAAUAUUUAUUCACUAAGGGACUGAGUGGUCAUGUGUCCGCAGUUACAAUAAACAGUGAAUCAUAUAAUGGUUUAAAUGCUUCGUGUUUGUUUGUUAUUGCUUUGUGGAUUUAACACCCUUGAUCCAGACAGCAAAGCAGAUAAUAAAUCUCUUGCUUCUGAAAGUGUAACAGACAAUAAUUUGUGUAUAUUUAUGUGUGUGUCAAUGUGUUUGUUUACAUGCAUGCAGUCGGAGAAAUUGAAGGUCCUUGUGGUGGUGUCUGAGCGACUGUAUGGUUGUGUGUGCCUUGUAUGAGUUUGUGUGUGUGCGCAUCUAUAGAGACAUUGACGGUAAGAAUGGAGAGUUGUCAGCUAGGUGUGAGGUGGUCAUGUGAGUGAUGGAUUCUUGGCCCCACCCACACCCUCUACAGCACCCUGACAGACACUGGGGAAAAGUGAGAACAAAAAUGAAAAACAGGACAUAACUGUCCUGUCUUGUGUGUUAGUAUGGAGCGCAGUGUCUCUCACUCCAACAAGACUCUGGACUUAGCACUGAGUGCACUCCGGCUGCGCCACCGAGCCUUCAAACACAGGCCUGAGACGCAGCAGAAAGUUCCGUCCGCUCCCCCUCCUCCUCCUCCUCCUCCUCCACCACCCCAACCCGAGCCAGUCGCACCCCCAGAGCCAGAGGAAGAGAUUUUGGGCUCUGACGAUGAGGAACAGGAGGACCCGGCAGACUACUGCAAAGGAGGAUACCAUCCGGUGAAGAUAGGGGAUCUGUUCAAUGGGAGGUACCAUGUAAUCCGAAAGCUGGGCUGGGGUCACUUCUCUACUGUCUGGCUAUGUUGGGAUAUCCAAGGGAAGCGCUUUGUGGCGAUGAAGGUGGUGAAGAGUGCUCAGCACUACACAGAGACGGCACUAGACGAGAUCAAACUACUCCGAUGUGUACGUGAGAGUGACCCCACUGACCCCUACAAAGACAUGGUGGUUCAGCUCAUCGAUGACUUCAAGAUCUCGGGGAUAAACGGGAUCCAUGUAUGUAUGGUGUUUGAAGUUCUCGGCCACCAUCUACUGAAAUGGAUCAUCAAGUCCAACUAUCAGGGCCUGCCUUUACCAUGUGUCAAGAGCAUCAUUAGACAGGUCUUGCAGGGUCUGGAUUACCUCCACACUAAGUGCAAGAUCAUUCACACAGACAUCAAACCGGAGAACAUCCUGAUGUGUGUGGACGAUGCCUUUGUCAGGCGCAUGGCGGUUGAAGCCACCGAGUGGCAGAAAGCAGGAGCGCCUCCUCCCUCUGGAUCUGCAGUGAGCACAGCACCCCAACUCAAACAGGUGGGGAAGAUCUCUAAGAACAAGAAGAAGAAGCUGAAGAAGAAGCAAAAGCGGCAGGCAGAGCUGCUGGAGAGACGCAUGCUGGAGAUAGAGGCUUUAGAGAGGGAGGCUGAGAGACAGAAAGCCAACGAAGGGCUAAACCCGCCACCAGGACCUGCACUAGCUCUCGGUGAGAGUGAAGAUGAGGACGACGAAGAGGAGGACAUAGAGGAAGAGGAAGAAGGAGAGGGAGAGAGGGAGCGGCCUGUUAGAUUAACCAACCACACAUGCGCAGCUCCUCCAGAGCCACAACAGCAGGACGAUGAGGAGGACUGUGAAGUACUUCCCAACACAGAAGUUCCUGAUGAUGAAGAUCCCUCAGUGGCGACAGAGACCAACACACCACCACAUGAACAGAGCAACAACCCUGCAAAUGAAGAGGAGGAUGAACGAGAAGAAACUGAAGAAGAUGUGGAAGAGCAGGAGAAAGCAGCAGAGCAGCAGGAAGCUGAAGCAGGUCAGGAAGAUGCAAAAGGAGCAGUAGACAGUCUUGAAGCUGUAUCUUCCGAUGAGAAGCCCGAACCAAAGACAGAGGAGUGUGCAAAGGAGGAGCAGCCUGAGCUGCCAAAAGAAGAAGAAGAAAGAAGAGUAGAGGAAGUAGAUGAGGAAGACGAAGAUGAAGCUGAUGACGAAGAGGACGAUGAUGAUGAUGAUGAUGAAGCAGAGGAUGAAGCCCAGGAGCUUAGGAACUCCACAGAGAGCCACAACGACACCUUAAAAACUAACGGUCAUGCAGUGGUGGACACAAAUCAUCCAUCAGACGCUGUGCCUGUUGUGCCCUCACCCUCACCUCUGCUCUGCCCGCUGGUGGAGUCAGAGCUCAGCGCCACUGAUCGGGACGCCUCUGAUGCCUCUUAUGAGCUGUUCAAUGGAGAGACAGCAGCACUCAGCAAUGGCGCUCGACAUCGAGCCACGGCACCGCGCUUCCCCGAGCUCCCGCUCGACCCCGAGCCUGAAGAGUGUGAGCCUGAGGAAGGAGAGACAAACCUGAACCCCGACGCCGAGCGCAGCCGCACCGUCUCAUCCUCCAGCACCGGAGACACUCCUAAAGCUAAAGCACGAGCAGCUGACCUCCUGGUGAAUCCUCUCGACCCUCGCAAUGCUGACAUACUCCGAGUGAAAAUAGCAGACCUGGGCAAUGCCUGCUGGGUGCACAAGCACUUCACAGAAGACAUUCAGACGCGGCAGUACCGUUCUAUUGAGGUUCUAAUUGGUGCUGGUUACAGCACUCCUGCAGACAUCUGGAGCACUGCCUGUAUGGCGUUUGAGCUGGCGACAGGAGACUAUCUGUUCGAGCCACAUUCAGGAGAGGACUACUCACGUGAUGAAGAUCACAUAGCCCACAUCAUAGAGCUCUUGGGCUGUAUUCCACGCCACUUUGCUCUAUCUGGAAAAUAUUCUCGGGAGUUCUUCAACCGGAGAGGUGAGUUGCGGCACAUCACUAAACUAAAGCCGUGGUCUCUGUUUGAUGUCCUGGUGGAGAAGUAUGGCUGGUCAGCCGAGGACGCCGGCCACUUCACAAACUUCCUGUUGCCCAUGCUGGAGAUGGUUCCAGAAAAACGCGCCUCUGCAAGAGACUGCCUCAAUCAUCCGUGGCUAAACUCGUAGCACCUUCCCACUCCUAGCUCUUUCCCCCUAGUGGCAGGCUUUAGGACUGCACCCUGCGCUCAGUCUGGGGGGAAAAAGAGGUCAGAGAGACAGUGAAUGAGUGAGAGAGAGACAGAGAGAGAGAAUGAGAAUUGGGGAAUUGGGGAAGGAAAGUGUGUGUGUGUGUGUGGACUAAUGUAAGACUGGACCAUGUUGGAGUGAGCCACUACAGGUGGAAAUCUGCAUUCACUAUACACUCUGUUGCACCUUCACACACACACACACACACACACACACACACACACACACACACACACACACAGUGCUGCUCAUUAACUCAGAUUCCAUUUUCAGAUGGAUGAAUAGAGUGAUGUUUUGUAUCCUGAUAAAAUGACAAGAAGAAAUAUGCAAUGGAAUAACAAUGGAGUAUAACUAUUUACCAUCAGAGUAAGCAUUAAGAGACACGGUGGAUAUCGUUGCCGCCUCACAGCUCCAGAGUCCCCGGCUCAAUCCUGAGCUCGGGUUACUGACUGUGUGAAGGUCCAUGUUCUCCCUGUGUCCGCAUGGGUUUAUUCCGGGUUCUCCGGUUUCCUCACACAAACCAGUAGGUGGAUUGGCUAUGAUAAAUUGCCCCUAGACGUGAAUAAGUGUAUGGAUGUGUACGUGUGUCUUGCAUCCCAUCCAGAGUGUAGAGACUCUGUAUCCACCGUGACCCUGACGAGGAUAAAGCGGUUACUGAAGAUGAAUGUGUGAAUGAAUGAAUAAGCAUUAAACAGAUUUACACAUUAAGAAGAUUAAAGGUUACAGCCAACUCAGUGUCCUUAAAGUUCGGGCUAAGAUUUGAAGUAAAAAAAAAAAAAAAAAGCCCAAAUGUCCUUGAAGUACCUUCAAAAUAACUGUGUUUGCUUGCCUCAAUACUCCAGUGUUCAAACUCCAAUUGGCUCCAAACACAUUAAGGAACCUCAGACAUCGUUGUCACUGUGAGCUGGUGGAACUGAUUAUGGUGUAUGCAUGUCAGUGUUACUAUUAUCUUUACUGAUGGAAGUAGCCCACUAUCUCUCACGUCUCUCUCUCUCUCUCAGCCUCUGUCCCCCCUUACAGAGACAGAGCCCCCUGAGCCAAGGUUCUGCCACAGAACUGUUUACAGCCCUCCCUCAGACCCAAAAUCUACCACCACCUCCCAUCAGAGCUGCAUGCCAGUGUUCAGGCCCCUGCAGACACACAGGAGAGUCCAAACACAGAGAGACACACUGUUCCCUCUGGAUUAUAAACAGUCUAUGGCAUAGAGUGUGUGAAAUGAACAAAAUAUGAGGUCCAAGAGACUUCUACAGACUGCCUCCUUUCAUUUCUCUGUGAUAUUUCUCUGAGCUAGUGAAAGCAUGGAGAACCUGAGGGUGAGAAAAAGAGUGCAUUUCACUUGUGUUGAGAUUCUUCUACUUCAUUCGUUUCUUUCAUUCUGCUCUUUUUGAAAAACUGGUCGAAGCCUCGAUGUCGAGGGUUCUUGUUGAAACCACGUACUGUCAACACCUACUCUUUAAGCAUUCCACAACUGUUUCUAACACAUGUAUGCUUCCUACCAUUAUAAAACAUAAACUUAUUUUUUUCCGCAGCACCAUCACGUGACCAUAAGGUGACCGCCCCAAAUCAGUCCAGUUCUGUCCGAGGUGUAAAAAACAUAAGACUGAGGUUGCACUUGCGUUGCGUUUGUUCAGGGAUUAUGAUCAGUGUACAGAGCGCAACAGAUCGCUCUACAAACCGACAUCUACUCCACUGCGAAACAGAAAUACAGCUUAAGAACGGGAGGAGCCUCGUUGAAUGGAGUUCCUUGCUGGAGUGUGUGAGUAUGUGUGUGAGAAGAGGACACACAACCCUUCACACACUACAGCUCGCUCUCAGUGCCAACGGCCCUCUUCCACCCUCCAGCUCCAUCUGUCAUCACCUAUUUUCGCAAUAAAAAAAGUAUAAGUAGAUGGUGAAGUAUUUUUAAAAACAAUAUUUAAAAAAAAAAGAACUUCUGAUGUUGUGACGGUGACCGAAUAUCGUCUUAUUAUUGAGGUGAUUGUGUUUUGUCUGUUUAGAGAUGUUUUAAUUUUUUUUUGUAAUUAUGAUAUAAUUAUGAUUACUAUUAUUGCCAUUUGUUUUUGUUUUUUUUUAUUUUGUCAUCUCUCUCCCCCUUCGUUAGAGUGAACAGUGCUGCUCUGUAUGGACUAGUGUGAUGCUGAUCAAAUUUGAUCAAACAUUUUUGCAAUAAUAGUGAAUUUUUGCACCAAAAGCUCCUGAUCUCUCACUUUAGCCAUGCUGACUGUUCUUCCCCAACAUUCAUGGUUACAUCUCUUGUCUGUUUUUCAUUGACAGAUUUAAUAAAAUUAUAAAUCAA